UUCUUAGAACUGGAUUCUCAGAACUGGUGAUGCACAGAGUUUCGAGGAAACUUUUACAAGAUUGUGACAACAUGGCCAUGGCUGCAGAUGGCUGCAUUCAGUUCACACGCCAUGCAGGCGACGUCCUGCUCAACUUCAACCGCCUCCGCAGCAGAAACAUCCUGACUGACGUCACCAUCCAGGUGGACGGGCAGCAUUUCUGCGCACACAAGGCCAUCCUGGUAGCCUGCAGCGGCUUCUUCUACUCUGUGUUCAUGGAUCCUAAGAACGCCAACCUCAGUGCCAUCAGCUUGGAUCCCAAAGUCGACCCCAAGGGUUUCUCCCUCCUGCUGGACUUCAUGUACUCCUCCUGUCUGAACCUGAACGACGGAAACGUCCUGGCCACCAUGAACGCAGCGGUCUACCUCCUGAUGGAGCAUGUGGCUGACACCUGCCACAGGUUCAUCAAGUCCAGGCAUCAGUCUCUCAACGUGCAGAGCGAAGAGGUACAGAGCAGCUCCAACUACCUGGUGGAGGACGGCUCUGUUCAGCCAAACUUCAAAAGCACCUGUGCACAAUCGUCCACUCCUGUCCCGGAGUGCAAGGGCUACAUACCGAACGUCUUCAGGGGAAUCAACACCUCCGGCUCCUAUCAUGUGUACGGUGACCUCCAUGUCCCGGCUGAAAAGCUGGAGGCUCCUCACAAGACCAGAUGCUCCCAGGUCCCCAGCGCCAGCGCGGCUCACCACGAGUCCACCUACAGCACGGCCCACUCGGUGCCCCCCCACCCCGGCUUCCACCCCACCGUCAUCCGACCAGAAGUGGCUUACGACAGGCUCCAAGGGCCCUCCUCUGCCAUGGAGCAGGAUCCCAUCCAGCACCCGCAGACCAGCUGUCUGAGACUGUCUCCGGGCUUCAGCAAAGGCGUGAUCUCGAGCCCCCAGAGCCCCCUCAGGUCCGACUGCCAGCCAAACUCGCCCACCGAGUCCAGCUGCAGCAGGAACGCCAGCGUCGGCAUCAAACAGCCCUCAGACUGCCCCAAAGACGUCAAGGCCCGCAACUGGAAGAAAUACAAGUUCAUCGUCAUGAACCAAACCCCUGGCGAGAACGACAAGGGGGCGCCGGAGAGCAGCGGCGAGGCCGGGGCGGCGUCUCCUUCACUGAGCCCCUGUGGGAGCAGCGUCCCAGACGUACACGGCGAGGUGCAGACAGAGGAGGGAGCCACUGAGCACAAAGAAGCCAUCCACACCCCUCAGAGAGGAGACGGCAGCCGUCAGCGGUGCUCCUCCUGCAGCUGCGAGAGUCCGCAGCACAUGGAAACGGGUCACCUUUCUCCUGAGUCCUACAGCAGAGAGGACACGACCAAGCUACACUCAGAUUACUCCUCGUCCUCCAGCUGUGAAGCCAACUCGUACUUCUGUAACGGGUGUGACUCCAAGUUCUUGGAGGAGGACUCGCUGAAGGAGCACACGGUCCAGGCCCACAGCGACAAGCCCUACAAGUGUGACUGCUGCCAGGCGGCCUUCCGCUACAAGGGCAACCUGGCCAGCCACAAGACCGUUCACACCGGUGCAAAGCCAUACCACUGCAACAUCUGCGGCGCUCAGUUCAACCGACCUGCCAAUCUGAAGACCCACACCCGCAUUCACUCCGGAGAAAAGCCAUACAAGUGUGAGACGUGCGGCUCCAGGUUUGUCCAGGUGGCACAUCUUCGUGCCCAUGUUCUGAUUCACACAGGAGAGAAACCGUACCCCUGUGAAAUCUGUGGAACGCACUUCCGCCAUCUUCAGACACUCAAGAGCCACAUGCGCAUUCAUACCGGAGAGAAGCCUUAUCAUUGUGAAAAAUGCGACCUCCACUUCAGACACAAGAGUCAGCUGAGGCUUCACCUCCGGCAGAAGCACGGCGCAGUCACCAACACCAAGGCUCAGUACCGCCGGUCUCCCUCCAACGCCAUGGCGGGCCUGGUGGCCUCCUGCUGAGCACGUCUCAACAGUUGUCAAAAGAUUCUGUGUUUAUUUUUUUUGUAUAAAUACGAACAGAAAACAGAGUUGAUAUGUAUAUUUGCCCUUUAUGUAUUUUGCAGACGAUGCACAUGACUCUACGUAAGCUCUUCGGUAUUUCAAAGAUUGUGGAAGUAUCUGCUUUCAUUGUGAAUGUCCAACAGCAGAAUGUACACUUUGAAUGUGAAUUUGACAAGGUAUUACUCAACAGAAUAUCUGCAUUGAAGGACUGUCCUCACUUUUAUUUGUGUUGAGAGUCACUGUUACACUUUGGCUUCAGACAUCGGUAUGAAACCUGGCCAACACGGUGGUCUUACUUCGUCUUAUGCUUCAUGAGACUGAUCCUGUAAAUAAGAUAAUAUAUAUUUUGGGAUUGCCAUCUGCUGGCAGAGUACGACAAUAUUCAUGUUAAGUACGUUGUUUUUCUUACAUGCAGCAAGCUUCACUGACUGUCAGUAACACACGGCUUGUCAUUUCGCCAUGUUGUAGUUUGUGGUACUUACUGUAAUGUGUACAUAGCGUCUUUCAUUCAAGAAGUUUUAUUGUACAUAUUUUCUUUUUUCAGCCGUUUCUCGGUUCCUGUCGGUAUUUUGCACACCCAUAAUGCUGUAAUACAUAUAUUUUCAUACUUGUUAUUCAAAUAUUUCUACUUAAACUGUUGUGGCCAUGUUAAGCCCCAUUCCCAGCACUUGUCAUAACCUUAUUUAUAUUUUUCUCUUCUUUGCUAAACUCUUUUACAUUUGGUGCUGAAGUGAUCCAUUUUUUUCAGACCCGGGUCAUUUCUGUUUUUAACCUGACCUGCUGCACUCAUUCAUAGUGCCUUACAUUCACACUUUUCUUUGGUUACGUCCCCAAAGUAACCUGAAUGGUAUCAAAACAGCAGCAGCAGUAUGUCUGAACAGCUCUGGACACAGAUUUCCAUUUCUGCAGUGGUGCUCGGCCCAGCUGUCAUCUGCAUGCACGUCGAGGUACUUUUGUAUUACGAAGCUUAUAAUCCGUUGUGUGUGUAGCUUUUUGAAAUGCAGAUACACCAGGCCCCAAGCUAAAAACACUCAGGAAUAUUAAGCAAAUGUCUUUGUAAACUGCAGAUUAUAUAUAUAUAUAUUAAAUAUAUAUGAAUAACAUAAAAAUAAAAGGUUUAUGUAGCAUA